GUCGGACUGUGCGGCCAGCCGCAGAGUAGCGACGUGUCUCCUCAGCGGGUCUGUCCGUGUUCAUUACACUCGUUUACGCGCGUUUGUCGACCGUCGGGAAAUUAGCACGUAUUUUCGUGAUUUGUUUCCCUUUUGGUAUUGUCAUAAGUCUCCAUCGGUUUGAUGUUCAUUACCGAUAAACGCUUUUGACAUUGUAUCUGAAGACGCUACGAGUUCCGCGAAAAUACCGAUCGACUUUUUUUAUCAGGUAGUUCGCGCGAGUAAUUUCGUUGUAAUACUCAGUGUUGUUAAAAUAAUACCAUUGCAAUACGAUGACAAUGGCUUACGAAUCCCUUGCAGUGGUUAGCGUCUUGGCGCUGUUGUCGUGCCUAACGGGAUACGCUGCUGCCGUCCAGACUGACGCCCAAGCAAUGAUGUAUUUGUCGCAGUACGGUUACUUAAGCCCAUCAAUGAAAAAUCCUAAUUCCGGCCAUAUCAUGUCUGAAGAGACCAUGGCCAAGGCUCUCAUGGAGUUUCAGUCGUUCGCCGGCUUAAACCUGACAGGUCAUUUGGAUGAUGAUACGCUGCACUACAUGACCAUGCCCAGGUGUGGUGUUCGAGACAAAGUUGGUUUUGCCACUGACUCCCGGUCCAGAAGAUACGCACUACAAGGUAGCAGGUGGAGGGUCAAAGAUUUAACGUAUAGAAUAUCAAAGUAUCCCAAAAUGAUAAGUAAAUCGGAAACAGAUGAUGAAAUUCGCAGAGCUUUUGAAGUAUGGUCAGGAGUAACACCUUUGACAUUCACUCAUAAAAAAUCUGGACAGGUUCAUAUUGAGAUUAGGUUUGAAAAAGGUGAACAUGGUGAUGGUGAUCCUUUUGAUGGUCCAGGCGGUACUCUUGCUCACGCUUUUUUCCCAGUAUAUGGAGGCGAUGCUCAUUUCGACGAUUCGGAAAAAUGGUCCAUUGGUUCUUUUAAAGGAACAAAUUUAUUUCAAGUAGCAGCUCAUGAAUUCGGUCAUUCUUUAGGCUUAUCCCACUCUGACGUAAGAUCAGCACUGAUGGCACCGUUUUACAGAGGUUAUAAUCCGUCUUUUAAUCUUGACAGCGAUGACAUAGAAGCAAUUCAGGCACUUUAUGGCUCAAAUAACUCCGAUGAAAAUCAUGGUGGCGAUGAUGACGAAGACAGUACUGGUCAAGGAUCAGGUAAGAAAACAACAACCGAAGAAGCACCGACGGAAGGUAGUGACGCUGAAUUAUGCGCCGAUUCGAAGGUGGAUGCUCUGUUCAAUUCAGCUGAAGGUGACACGUUUGUGUUCAAAGGCGACUAUUAUUGGAAGCUAACGCAAGACGGAUUAGCGCAAGGAUAUCCUAAAUCUAUAACGGGUACUUGGUCUGGUUUACCUGGUAAUAUCGAUGCAGCAUUUACCUAUAAGAAUGGAAAAACUUAUUUUUUCAAGAGCUCUAAAUAUUGGAGAUAUACUGGCACAAUGAUGGACGAUGGGUAUCCAAAAGAAAUAGACGACGGAUUUACCGGUAUCCCAAACAACGUAGACGCUGCAUUGGUUUGGAGCGGAAAUGGAAAAAUAUACUUUUUCAAAGGUUCCAAAUUCUGGAAAUUUGACCCAACCCAAAAGCCACCAGUAAAGAGUACUUACCCUAAACCAAUAAGUAACUGGGAUGGAAUACCCGACAAUAUUGACGCUGCUCUGCACUACACCAACGGUUACACUUAUUUCUUCAAAGAUGAAAAUUAUUACAGAUUUAAUGACAGAACAUUUGCUGUUGAUACAGCCGACCCACCUUUUCCCAGAAAUGCCGGCUACUGGUGGUUUGGAUGCAGAGCUGCAAACAAAGGAAAUCACCAGGACGCUACGGCGGCGCCCAGCGUGCACAGCCCGACGUGGACGGAUGUGAGACGGGACCACAAGGGUAAUCAAAAUACUGACGUUGGGGACCUGAUAUUGGACGCAGCUGUGUAGAAGAUCUGUUGCGUUCAGUGCUGAUUGGUCUGCCUGCCAUAUGAAUGAUUUUGGUUACUACUGGCAAAAAAUGGUUUAUGAUAAUAAUAAAUUAAUUUUAAUUGUCAUACUACUUUGUAUCUUUAAAAAACAUCAAAAUUGGAUUGUGUUAACAGAAAAUGGCGGCAGUAAUGGAAGAAAAUUAAUAUUGUGAUAUGGAGCACUUAGGUGCGCCAAAAUUGUUAGAUUUAAGUUUGUUGAAUGUUUCUAAUUGGACCCAAUGUAUACACCAUGUACGUCAAGAUCUUCAAGACAUGUGAGAUUGGUCUCACUCAUUACUGACCAGCAAAACUGGUAAACGUCACCUUGAUAUUUAGGAGUAUUUAUUUUACAUCAAAAUCUUUAAGUACAACUUUUUUAAUAAUAAUAAUAAUUUGCUUGGUAAAAGUAUUUAUAAUUAUAUUUUUUAUUGUACUUGUUCAGUAUUUGGGUCAAUAAUAUUUUUUACUUAAGACUGAAUUUUAUACGCUUCGUUAUAGUUGCAUUAUUUGUAUACUAAUAUAAAAUCCUAAAAUAUAAAUAGUUAAUUUUAAAUGUUAAUAAAAUAUGUUUUGUAAUUUGUAUGUUUAUAAUGUUAUUGUAUGAUAUUCACCUCUUACAGAGACAAUGUAUCAUAAAAGUAAUAUUUAUACAUAACAUUUUAUUUAGUAUAAGUAAUAAUUGCCCAAUGGGAAAUGUUGUUUUAUUUCUAACACAUUGUUCGAUCGAGACACUAUUUCAAUGUGUGUAUCUAUUGAAAUAUUGUUGUUUGAUAACAAAAUAUACAAAAAUCAUUUGAGUGGAA